ACCCAUGUCGCGGUUUUUUUUUGAUCUAUCACAAACUGACGGUGAAACGAACGACGCCGCCGUUCAACGUUGUGGCGAAUUAGAAUUUGGCAGCGGAGUGUCUGCGUAUCCUCGAAGACCUCCACGAGCUCGAGACGCAAGCAAAAUGUCAGAUACACCAGAAACGAGGAACGAAAAUGGCCAGAAGAAAAAGCCCUUGCCGAUUCCUCCCUCUAAAAAGUUGAAUGAGGGGGAGAAAAGUAAGAAGGAAACAAAUGGAGUUGGACAAGUGGGAAGCAAUGAGAAAGUGAACGGAAAGGUGGUAGCCGAUUUGGUGAGUCAGAUUGAAAGUGUUUCGAAAGGAGGGACGUCAUUGGAAAGCCGAAACAAGGGAGAGGUCAAGGCUUCUCCUCCUAUUGCGCCUAAAUCACGUGUAAUCAGUCAGGCAAAAUCAGAUUCGAAUUCAUCUACACUCCCAACCUUGACGUCACACGCUGUCGAAGACGUUCACGCAGAGAAGGAAUCCGAUGUACAUGUGAAACAGGACUCUACAGCUGCUUCUGCUAGUGCUUCUAGUCUGGUGGAUAACGUAGAGCCAAUAGUAAUGAGAAAGAAAAAGAAAGCAGAGGCGAAUAGUACUAUUGGUGAGUUGAUAGGGAGAACGUCUCAGGCAUUUGUGAAGGUACCGGUUGGUGUUGAAACAAGUCGGAAAUCUGUGCAUUCACCAAAACUGUUUCGGUCUACAAGAGCAGUGAAAUCAACGCGCAAGAGUAAAAUCAGUCCUGAUGCAGUUGAGAUGCCCAGUGCAAUUUUGAACAGUGACCUUUGUCCUCCUUGCUUGUCUGAUCUUCCUACUGGUGAUGCUCGAACAAUGGUAGCCCAUGAAAUUUAUAAAACUGAGCACUCGUAUGUGAAGGGAUUGGAGCUGGUUGCUCAGGUGUUUAUGCCUCCACUUUCCACAAUCCUUGAAUCAUCGGAGGUUGCAGCAAUAUUUGCAAAUAUGGAAAGCAUUCUCACUUUCAAUCAGGAACUUCUCUACAGCCUAUACAUGAGGCUGUCUGCUUGGACUGAGAGAACAUGCAUUGGUGAUCUGUUCUUAAACAGAAUUGCUCGUUUUAGAAUCUAUACAGUUUACUGCAACAACUAUGACAGUGCAGAAGAAACUGUGGCAAUGAAGAUAAAGAAGAAGAAAGAUUUUGAGGCAGCACUGAAUAGCUGUUAUGCUGAUCCUCGCUGCCAGCCUGGUAUCACUCUUCUUGCGUAUCUUCUUACUCCAGUACAACGUAUACCACGUUAUCGACUACUACUGAAACAAUUAUUGGAUAAAACUUCAGUUGACCAUCGAGAUUAUGAAAUUUUGCAGGAAGCACACGAGAAGAUGAAUGAAUUGAAUGAAUAUGUAAAUGAUCAGCUUAAAGAAGCUCAAGGCAAGAAAGCUCUUAACAAACUGACAAGUCAAGUUCAGGGACUGGAGACUAUUGCGGAAGAUUCUGGGAGAACGUUGGUGAAGGAGGGAUCCGUUUACUUCAUGGCUACACGAAAACUUUAUCAGGCAAUUCUCUUUACUGAUCUUAUUGUCUUUGCAAUUCGUGCUGAUGGUAAGCAUAGUGAAGUCGAGUUGGCACUUGAUCUCAGUACAGUAUGGAUAGAGGAUCUGGAAGACCUUGAUCCAGCCACAACUCAAGAGGAUGCAAUCGAGAUUUACACACCCGAUCGACCAUACACCAUCUAUGUUAAGUCACGCAAUGAAAAGAAACUUUGGCUCCAGAAGUUAAAUGAGACAAUUGCAAAACAUUUAAAUCGAGUAUCGGGAAAAGAUAAUUCUGUGGACCAAGUUGAUAUUAGAUGUCGAGUUGCUUCGUUUUCUUACAAAGACUACAGCCAUUAUGUUGGACACUGGACUGAUUCAAAGCGUCACGGCCGUGGUCAGAUGAUGUGGUCAAACAAGACAAGUUACAAAGGAGAAUGGAAAGAAGAUGAACGAAGUGGUGAAGGUGAAAUGACGUACAACACAGGAGAAAAGUACAAGGGGCAGUGGCACAAUGAUAAACAAAACGGUUAUGGUGAACUAAGAUACUGCAAUGAUGAUGUAUACAAAGGAGAAUGGAGACUCGGAGUGAAGCAUGGAAAAGCUGUUGUGGAGUUUGCAAAUGGUGAUCGAUUCGAAGGUACUUUUGUGAAUGGCAACAUAGAGGGGAAUGGUGUGUGGGAGUCAAAAAAGACAGGUGCUAUGUAUCGUGGCCUGUGGAAAAACAGUCAGAGGAAUGGUCAAGGUACACUGAAGACUGCUCACGGACACGAAUACAAAGGUGAAUUCAAAGACAACUUUAUGGAUGGUCAGGGGAAGAUGAUCUAUUCUGAUGGCUCAACGUAUGAAGGAGCAUGGAAGAAAAAUCUACGUUCUGGAAAAGGGACGUGGAUACGCAAGUCAGGUCAGCGUUAUGAGGGCAGGUGGAUGGAUGACAUUCCUGAUAUUCAAGGCAAGAUGGUGUAUAGCAACAAGGAUGUAUACGUUGGAAGCUGGCAUGCUGGAAAGAGACAUGGCGUUGGGAAGAUGCAAUUUUCUAAUGGUGAUGUAUAUGAGGGUCAAUUCAAAUCAGAUCAUUUGACUGGCAAGGCAUUAUAUGAAUAUGCAGACGGAUCAUCGUAUGACGGAGAGGUCGUGGAUGGUUAUCGGCAGGGAGAGGGAAAGAUGAUUUAUCCUGAUGGUAGCUGCUAUCAAGGACAAUGGAAGCUGAACUGUCGAGAAGGAACAGGAGAGAUAACUUGGCCGCAUGACGUAGUGUAUCACGGACAGUGGAAAUGUGACAAGCCGCAUGGUCGAGGUGUGCUAAUGAACAAGUUAGACAUGUCACGGUAUGACGGCGAUUGGGAAAAUGGACAACGUCAUGGCCAUGGGGUUGAAACUUCUAGUAGAGGCAAAUAUGAUGGCGAAUGGCAAUAUGGAAUGAGACAUGGUAAAGGAACAGAGUGUUCACUGGUAGGGACAAUCUUUGAAGGGACAUGGCAGUUCAACAAAAAGCAUGGACGAGGAUACCGGAAACUCGUGUCUGGUGUCACAGAUUAUCAGGUAUGGCAGCAUGGAAGUUUCAUGUCCGACAACAUGGAUGCAACUGCUGUUGACUUACCAGUCAUUGCUCCUAUUGACUUUAGCUGAUCUGUUUUAGAAACUGUAUGUACUUAGCAACAUUGCUAUAUUGAAGAGGUAUUUAUACUUUUAUAACACACAGCUAACCAAGUGUUCUCAUUUUGCUGCAUAUCCUCACAAGUAAUGAUUUGAUGACUAUCGGUGUCUAUUACAGUUGUUGGCUGACUCACAGUAUCUACUGAUAUAUUGCUUUCACCACAGGUACUGUACAUACAUUUCAACGAACAAUUACAUUGUACACUGUACAUGUAUGCCUAUAAUAUAUACUUACACAGCUGUGUAACAAAACAAAUACACUGUAUUGG